UCAUAAUUUGUGUCCUGAAGAUGAUAGUAAAGGUGAGUAAUUCAUAAAAAAAUGAAUUCUGGAGUGAACUAAGUAACCUGCAAUUUGAACUUAAGAAACAAAGGUAUGCUACAGCUGAUGUCAGGGUUAGUUGUUGGUCUGAAAUGUGGUGUUUACUUGUAAUUGAAGCACACAAUUUGAAAUAUAUCUGUAUUCCCCAUUUUAAGUAGAUAGGACUUUAAUUUUGCAUGACUGCAAUAGCCAACCGGAGGCACUGCAAACAUGGUUGCCGAGUGCUGCGAGACUGUGACCUCCCUAAAGGGACUUUUGUGUUACUCAUAAAGCAAUAAAUCAAAUACAUUAUGCUGUCAAGUGACAUUAACACCUUUCAAAACAAAGCUCAUUGUGUUUUAUGCUAUACACAAAAUUAGUGAUAAUCUGCUGUAGAUGAAUCUCCAACUUUGUGAAGAUGCAUACUGUACAGUAAGUAAAAAUAUCCAAGAACUACAGAAAUGUGUCCUUAACAAUCAAAACUGAUGAACAACCAUAAAGACAACAAACCUCAUGAAUCACUGAAGUCAGAGGUAAAUGUGGUAGAGAUGAAAACCAUGUGUCAAGUUCUGCUCAUUCAAGUCUUAUGGUGAUAACAUAUUUUUAAAGCAACUGGGAUCGAGAAAUAUUUGAAAGAUUUUUUGUUCAGCAUUACUUUGUUGGACAUUGCAAGAUAUCCAGUACAUAUGUUGCAUUAAAAAUCAUAAGAAGCUAAGCUUGGAUUUCUGCAGGUCAACUGAUGAUGGUGCACAUUUUGGAUGUGUCAAAUAAGAUGUUUUCACAAACAAGCAUUCAUUGUAAAUCUGUGUAAAUGGAAAACUAGUAUACUAGUAUACCUCUUGUUUUUGAAGAACCUUAAUAAAAUCCAGUAAUUACAUUAAGUCCAAUAUAGUGGAUUAGUAAAACAAUCUCAAGUAUCUUCUGUAAGGUUUUGGACUAACAGGUGAGGUGAACGUUCCUCCCUGUAGUUAAACACAUUAGACCCUGGACACUAAGAUGUACCAAUAAUCCCUCUGUGGACCCACCUACACAGGUGAAUAUAAAGUCCAGAUCACACAGCACACAGACACCAAACCUCAGCAGAGGAGAAUCUUGAACAUCUCCAUACACUGAGACAACAUGGAUCCAAGAGCCUCCUUCUCCAUUCUGAUGCUGCUGGUUGGCUUCUCCCAAGCAUUUAUUCUACCGAGGCUUGCAGAUCUGUUAACAGAACCAGAAGAUGUGGACAUCACAACAAAAAUCUUAGAGACCAACAAUGGAUCUACUGAAGUCUUGCUUGAGGGAGAUCUGAUGUUUCCCAAAACCAGAAAUGCUCUCAUCUGCCUAAGCAACAACUGUUUCUGGAAGAAAAAUGCCAACAAUCUAGUUGAGGUCCCUUACAUAGUGAGCAGUGAAUACACAUCUUAUGAGAAGAGUACUAUCCAGAACGCCAUGGCAUCUUUCGCCAGCAAAACCUGCAUCCGCUUUGUGCCCAGAUCAUCUCAGAUUGACUACAUCAGUAUUGAGAACAAAGAUGGGUGUUACUCUUCUGUUGGUAAAACAGGUGGCAAACAGGUGGUCUCCCUCAACAGGGGCGGCUGUGUGUACCAUGGCGUUGUUGAACAUGAGCUAAAUCAUGCCCUGGGCUUUAACCACGAGCACACCAGGAGCGAUCGUGAUAAGUAUGUGAGGAUCAACUUUGAAAACAUCUCUCCUAAUAUGGCCUACAACUUCCAAAAAAAGAACACCAACAAUCAAAACACUCCAUACGACUACGGCUCCGUCAUGCACUAUGGAAGAACGGCCUUUGCCAUCCAGUCCGGAAAGGAAACCAUCACUCCCAUUCCUAAUGCAUCUGUGCAAAUCGGACAGAGACAGGAAAUGUCAAACAUCGACAUCCUGAGGAUCAACAAACUGUAUGGAUGCUGAAGUUGAGGCUUAUGUACACGUGAUGUUACUGAUCAUUUAAUAUAGUUUAUGUGUCUGUAGAUGUUAUAAUGAGGGAAUGAAUUGAUGAUCUUUGUCGUAUUAUGGUGUUGGAUUUCUGAAAUGUUGAUUGUAUUAAAAAAAAUAAAGCAAAUUAAAAGACAAGAUGGAGCUUGUUUGUAAUUCAAUAUCUGAUUGAAAUGAAUCUAAAGAUCUCUACAAGAGCAGAAGAGACAUCACUACUGAAGUUUUCUUUUAGCAUGCACAGGUGAACACUAGGAGAACCGGAGUUCUGGACCAUAAAAUAAAACUUAAAAACCAAUUGAGUUGUUUCAAGAAUUGGAUUAGACUAUUACAUUUUAAAUGCGAUGCAGUGUUUAAGAUACAGUAUGACUUUAUUGUAAAGUCAACCCUCAUCAUGUUUCAACAAAGACAAGAAACACAACUGACUCAAUCCUGUAAAAACUAAAGUUUGAUUAUGAAGUGAUUAAGUCAUAACUAAAACUGAUAAUGUUAAAGUUAGCACUAUUAUGUCUACUUAGCAUCAAGAUAUAAACUAUUAACAAAAUGGAUGUGUCCCUAACACUAUUACCAAAGAUAAUGGAUAUAACAAAAUGUACCACUGAUAUUACAAUGAAUGGGGGGAGAUGCUACGCACAAUAUGGCUGCUCUAGUGACAAAAGUCCUGCCUUCCAGAAAAAAGCGAAUCAUCAAUAAAGGGCUCUGUAUGGUGUUGUGAGGUAUACUCAACAGCAUUUGAGCAUGCGUAAUAGCUUAAAGAGAAACUUCAGAAUAAAAUGUUUGUGUCAUGAAUUACUUGUCCUCAUGUAGUUUUACACAUGUAAGACCUUUAUUCAUUCUCAUAACAAAAUUUUUUAUAUUUUUCAUUAAAUCCGAGAGCUUUCUAACCCCCUUUGACAGCAACGGAACUCCCAUUUCGAAGGUCCAGAAAGGCAGUAAAGACAUUGUUAAAAUGCUCCAAGUGACUACAAUGAUUCAAUCUUCAUUUCAUGAAGGGACGAUAGUACAUUUUUACAUAAAAAACAACUUUAUCCCACAUUUUCUUCUAUACCAUGUCAGUCUCUGAUGUGCAUUCACACACGAGUUGAGAAGAAAAGAGAAGUACAUGUUGAAGAAAUUUUUCUAUUGCUUGUUUGCAUCACACAUUGAAGACUGAACCACUGCAGUCACAUGGACUAUUUU